CGCUCAGGUGGCAGCGCAAUGGCUUUCUCUCUUUCUCAUCCUUGGAACGGCUCCGGACGGCUCUUCCUCGGUUCCUCUAAUGCCUCCGUGCGUGGCAACUCCAGCGGUUCCGACAUUCUCUUAAACCGGUUCCGUGCGGCGCUCCCGGCAGCCCGAGUGAGCGUAGCGGCGGCUUCUUCUUUGCUGGGCCCGGGCCGGCAGCAGGAGGCGCUGCAGGGGUUGAACGAGCGCCUGGCCGGCUAUCUGCAGCGGGUGCGGGGGCUCGAGGCGGCCAAUGGAGCCCUGGAGGAGGAGAUCGCCGCCAUCCGGUCCAGCAGGGCCGGGACGGUUGUCCAUAAAGACUGGGAAGCCUGCGAGCAGCCCUUGGCCGCCCUGCGCAAGCAGGUUGAAGAGCUGAAUAUGGAGAAUGUCAGGCUGCUUCUGCAAAUUGAUAAUGCCAGGCUGGCAACAGAUGACUUUAAGCACAAGUUGGAAGUAGAACAGGCUGCAUGUGACACCGUCCAGAAAGACACGCAAGGAUUGCGCAAAAUCAUAGAUGACACCAACUUCCUACGUUUGAAGCUAGAAGGGGACUUGGAAUCCCUCGGAGAGGAACUAGCUUACUUGCGCAAAAGCCAUGAGGAAGAGGUGGAGGCUCUCACCGCUCUGGUGGCCAACUCUGAUGUAACAGUUCAAGUAGACAACCCACAGAAGCAUGACCUGAGUGAGACUAUUGCUGAGAUACGCAACCAGUAUGAGCAAGUGGCUGAGCAGAAUCGUGCCGAUACCCAGGACUGGUACAGAACCAAGGUUGACUCCAUGUCCCAAGAAGCCAGCAUGAACUCUCAAGCCCUUGAGCAGGCCAGGAGUGAAUUGUCAGACCUUCGCCGGCAGUUGCAAGGCCUGGAGAUUGAACGCCAGACUCUCCAGAAAAUGGUGUACGCUCUGGAGAACACGCUGAAAAACACAGAAGAUCACUAUCUCAGUGGCGUGGCCAAUCUGAACAGAGUUAUUGCUAAUCUGCAAGAGGACCUGGCAGCCUGUCGGGCUGAUUUGGAGACACAGUCCCGAGACUAUGAAACACUUCUGGACCUCAAGACAAAGCUAGAGAAUGAGAUUGAACACUAUCGUGUUUUGAUUGAGGGCGUCAUAGACAGAGGGGAUGUGUUGAGCUCAGGAAAAGCAGAGAUCAGGAGCCAAACAAUUAAAAAGAUGGUGGUCAUUACACACAAAAUUGUGAACGGGCAAGAUGUGACCGAGAGUUCCGAAGAAAUAACUCAAUAGGACUUCAUAAUACUUUAUCAUCAACAAUUUUUUCUGUUGACUAAAAUAACAAUGAGUAAUUCAACAUCCUGUUGCAAUAUUUGCUAACUGAGUCAUGUUGAGUUUUUUUUUUUUUAAUUACUUAUAAUAGAGAUUGAAGGUUACUUAAAUGAUAACCAUAUUGCUAUUGAUAUUGUGCUGUUUAUCUUUCUUCUGCUUUUUACAAUCUUUUGAAAAUGUGGGCAUAAUUCCUAUAUAUUUGAAAGGAAUGGAACAGGCAAGUCCAUAUAUAUCCUCCAAAGACACAAAAAAAUUCAAGGGCUUCAAUGUAAUUUUUUUCAGAGUUAGUACAUACUGAUUUUCUAUUGUACCGUAAAUACAACAUAAACCUGAAUUACAAAUAAAAGGCAUCUUAUUUACUAUAA